GCGUGCCGAACAUUGUUCGUUCUUCUUCUUGUUGUAGUUUCUUUAUCCACUCUUUCUCAGCUCGGGACUUGACACAAUCCUCGCUUGUAUCUUCAUGAAAGUUCCAUCAACAAGAACUCAAGAGGAAAUGUAUAAAGAGGCGAAAAGCUCCUAUUUUGAUUUACCAGCUUUGGAUGUUUCCACUGCAUUUCCUCAAGCAACUCCAGCGUCCGACUUUCCUACAUGUGCUUCGGACUAUUAUCAGCUUGAUGAUCUUUUGACUCCUGAAGAGAAAGCAAUCAGAAUGAAAGUAAGAGAGUGCAUGGAAAAAGAAGUUGCACCUAUAAUGACAAAGUACUGGGAGAAAGCAGAGUUUCCGUUUGAAGUCAUUCCAAAACUUGGUGCUUUGCACAUAUCUGGUGGCACUAUAAAGGGGUAUGGUUGUCCAGGUCUCUCAAUAACUGGAAGUGCCGUUGCUCUAGCAGAACUUGCCAGAGUUGAUGCAAGCUGCUCGACAUUCAUUUUGGUGCAUUCAUCUUUGGCAAUGCUCACUAUUGCUCUAUGCGGGUCAGAAAUGCAAAAGCAAAAAUACUUACCAUCUCUGGCUGAACUUAGCACCGUAGCUUGUUGGGGGCUAACUGAGCCAGACUAUGGAAGUGAUGCAAGUGCUUUGAGGACAACUGCCAGAAAGGUUGAAGGAGGUUGGAUCCUGGAUGGGCAAAAACGAUGGAUAGGAAACAGCACUUUUGCGGAUGUAUUGGUUAUUUUUGCUAGAAACACAGCCACAAACCAAAUAAAUGGUUUCAUAGUAAAGAAGGAUGCUCCAGGCUUGCAAGCUACUAAAAUAGAAAACAAGAUUGGGCUGCGGAUGGUUCAAAAUGGAGAUAUUCUCUUAAAGAAUGUAUUUGUUCCAGAUGAGGAUAGACUACCUGGCGUCAGUUCUUUCCAGGAUACAAGCAAGGUGCUUGCUGUAUCACGUGUCAUGGUCUCGUGGCAACCUAUAGGCAUUGCAAUGGGUGUCUAUGAUAUGUGUCACAGGUAUUUAAAAGAGAGGAAGCAAUUUGGAGCUCCACUGGCUGCUUUCCAGAUCAAUCAACAGAAACUGGUUCAGAUGUUGGGCAACAUUCAGGCUAUGCUUCUUGUUGGUUGGCGCCUUUGCAAGUUGUAUGAGAGUGGAAAAAUGACUCCUGGUCAAGCUAGCUUGGGGAAAUCAUGGAUUUCCUUGAGGGCGAGAGAGACGGUUUCUCUUGGACGGGAAUUACUUGGUGGCAAUGGUAUCUUGGCUGACUUUCUAGUGGCAAAGGCAUUCUGCGACUUGGAGCCUAUCUAUACGUACGAGGGAACUUAUGAUAUCAACACACUGGUAACAGGUAGAGAAAUUACUGGUCUUCCCAGCUUCAAGCCAGCAACAUUGAGGCCAAAAAGUCGCCUGUAGUAUCUCAACCAUCUUCCUAUUUUCUGGAAGUUAUUCUGGUGAAUUCAGUGCACAUCUAGAAUACUUGUGCAAAAGGGAACUCACUCAAGAAUAUUUAAUCCCUUUUAGAUCAUAAUGAUAAAGAGGUCUAUUGUAAUAAAGCAAACAUUGUAUAUGUGAACUUGUUCAUUAUAUGUAUCGAUUUGCUAUGCAAGCUGGUAUGCACAGUUAUCUUUCU